CUGUUUUUCCAAAAAGAAGCGUGAGAAACGCACUCAAACAAAACUCCAAACCCAACACAACUGUUUAAGUGCGUGCGUACCUGCCAUCCCACCUGCCCCGACUUUCCAUCACAAAAUCACUAAAUUUAUGUGCAAUUUCAGAGCAAUUUCUUCAACCCAAAACCCAACAAAAGCAAUAAAAAAUCUCUCCAAUAAUUCACACCCCAAUUAAUGGCCAUCCUCAACAACAAACCCAAGAAGCAGAACUUCAUGUACCAGUCCAAUCUUUGCACCACUCUCUUCUUCAUCAUUCUCUUUACCAUUCCAGCUCUGUUUCUCCUUCACACACCCAGUACAACGAUAUGCACGAGUAUUGUUAGCAGUCAUGUGAUAAAGCCGUGGAGCGGCGAUCUUCGCAAUGCUGAAUUCGCAUGGAAUCGUCUUGGGUUUGAGUGGAAUGAUCGGCCGCUGAAGGCUCUGAAAAUUGCUGUUUUUUCGAGAAAAUGGCCGAUUGGGACGACCCCAGGUGGCAUGGAGCGGCAUGCGCACACUCUGCACACGGCUUUGGCUCGUCGAGGCCAUCAAGUUCAUAUUUUUACCUCUCCCGUGCAGACCAACGGCCCCUCUACGGCGCAAGAGACGGAGAGUUUGGCGCCGCGGAUUCACUGCCACGAAGGGGAGCCCGGAAAGUGGAGAUACAAUAAAGCGUGGGAACAGUUUGAUGAAGAGAACCAACGGGAACCGUUCGAUGUGGUUCACUCGGAAAGCGUGGCGCUGCCUCAUUGGCUAGCGCGAAGCGUUCAGAAUCUUGCUGUUUCUUGGCACGGAAUCGCGCUUGAAAGUUUGCAGUCUGAUAUUUUUCAAGACUUAACGCGUAAACCCCAAGAGCCCAUUUCGCCGGUUUUCAACAGAAGCUUACAGGGAGUUGUUCCGAAAGUGCUAAACGAAAUUCGGUUCUUCAAGAACUACGCUCAUCAUGUUGCCAUAAGCGACAGUUGUGGGGAGAUGUUGCGAGAUGUUUACCAAAUUCCAAGUGAAAGAGUUCAUGUAAUUCUCAACGGCGUCAAUGAAGAUGACUUUGUAAAGGACCUUUCUAUAGGGAAAAUUUUCAGGUCAAAAAUCGGCGUCCCGGAAAAUGCAAGUUUAGUACUUGGAGUCGCCGGAAGAUUGGUGAAAGAUAAAGGGCAUCCUUUACUUUACGAGGCCUUCUCCAAGAUGAUGAUCGAUCACCCAGAUGUGUACUUAAUCGUCGCAGGAUCAGGGCCAUGGGAGAAUCGUUACAGAGAUUUUGGCUCAAGAGUUAUAGUUUUGGGUUCAAUGAGUCCUGCCGAAUUGAGGGCAUUUUACAAUGCCAUUGAUAUCUUUGUGAAUCCGACGCUACGGCCGCAAGGGCUUGAUCUCACCCUCAUGGAAGCGAUGAUGAGCGGAAAACCAGUAACGGCCUCAAGGUUUCCCAGCAUCAAAGGUACAAUUGUUGUUGAUGAUGAGUUUGGUUUCAUGUUUGCGCCGAAUGUGGACUCGUUGUUGAAGGCAUUAAAGGCUGCAAUUAGAGAAGGUCCAAAGAGGCUUUCGCAAAGGGGCGAGGCUUGUAAAAAAUAUGCAGCCUCCAUGUUUACUGCAAGCAAGAUGGCAUUAGCAUAUGAGAGAUUGUUUCUUUGUAUCAACAAUGAAACUUUUUGUAACUAUCCUUAAUAGGCUAUACAAGAUUGUUUUUAGUUUGUUUAAUUUUGGGUUGGAUGUAUCUAUACAUGUAAAGUCUCCCUUCCAAAUCCACUACCCCCUGAUCAAAUCUAUGAUUUAACUUGAUUGAUCUAUGUUAAUACAAUUGUGUUAGACGA